AUGUUGACUUAUACCGAACAAACUAAAAUGACCCUCUCUAAUCCAAUUCCAGACAUUGUGAAAACAAUGUCGACUGAUACGCCCUUUGGUAUCCUUUUCGCUGACAUCGUGGGCUUCACGGUGCUUGCGUCGCAGUGCAGUGCGCAGGAGUUGGUGCGACUGCUUAACGAACUUUUUGGUCGAUUUGAUCAACUUGCCAAUGACAAUCACUGCCUUCGCAUCAAGAUCCUGGGUGACUGCUACUACUGCGUGUCCGGGUUGCCCGAACCUCGCUCUGACCAUGCACGAUGCACCGUCGAGAUGGGCUUGGACAUGAUCGAUGCUAUCGCGUGA